AUGGCGCAGCCGGCUGAAAGACACCGCAGUACGUUUUUUAUCAGUAACGUGCACUGCACCUCCUGCGUCGCGUAUAUCAAUCAGGUCCUAUCGGAAACGCAAGGGAUAGCAGAUAUCGAUGUCUCGAUCUUCACUCACGAAGUGCAUGUCGUCCAUACAAAGGGAACAAACCCGCUCUCGAUAGCUGAGAUCUUGGCUGAGGCCGCGUUCGAGGUCCACCAUGUCACGACCAGGAAUUCAGCAGGCGUCAUCAUAGUCGAUUCAGACACUGCAACUAGAUUCCCUCAUGACCCGAGGUUCUCCAUCACCAGUCGCUCCUCUGUUGGCCAAAGGGACAAACAGAAACAUCUCGCCAACUGCGAUGCCUGUAGGAAGGAGGGCCAGCCGACGGAUGAGAAAUCUCAGCACCUUCUUUCGAAUGUUCAGGGGGCCGAGGCCGAAGAUGACUCGGUGUCGGCACAGGAGUCGCUACCGGAGAAGAGUCAAAAAUUCCAUGCGCGGAUAUCCAUUGGUGGAAUGAGCUGUGCCUCUUGCUCCAACUCCAUAACAAACGAGAUUCGCCAGCUUGAAUUUGUGGACGAUAUCACUGUCACAUUACUCUCGAAUAGUGCCACUGUAACUUUUUGGGGGCCGCGGUCGAAUGUUGAACAAAUUAUUGAACAGAUUGAGGAUAUUGGGUUUGAGGCUUCGCUGGACGAGGUCAACCAGGUCGAUACCGAGCCGUCUCAAACUCAAAAUCUGGGGUAUAUUGCGGAGAUUUCCAUUGGGGGCAUGACUUGCGGCUCCUGCUCUGGAGCUGUAACGCAAGGGCUGAAUGAGCUGCCUUUCCUGACUAAUGCUGUGGUCAACUUGAUGUCUCACAGUGCCCAGGUCGAGCUGGAUAAUCCAGACGAUGCGCAGCUGGUUGUACAGAAAAUCGAAGAUUUGGGGUACGAUGCCUCGCUUGUCAAUAUAACACCAAAGGCAGCCGAGCUGGGCUCUGGGCUUGAGAAAAGAACUGUAUCUUUUCGCGUUGAGGGCAUGUUCUGCCACCACUGUCCAAAGAAGGUCUAUGACUCCUUGAAGGAGAUACCAGACCUUGAAAUUGAUGACAUGUUAUCUGUCAAGUAUCCGAUACUGAAGGUCACUUACACCCCUCGCUCACCUUCGCUUACGGUGCGAACUAUACGCGAGAAGAUUGAAAGCGCCCACAAUGCCUUUAAAGCCGCAGUUUAUCAUCCUCCAAGUGUCGAGGAUCGAUCUCGGGAGAUGCAGCGUCAUGAAAGAUGCCGCCUGCUUUACCGUUUCCUUUUCGUUCUGAUGGUGGCUAUUCCUGAAUUCAUAGUCGGAAUCGUCUUCAUGAGCCUUGUUUCCAAGGACAACCAUAUCCGACAGUAUCUGGAGCAGUCGAUGUGGUCAGGCAGCGUGACUCGCAUGGAGUGGGCUCUCUUCAUAAUGACCACUCCUGUCAUGUUUUACGGGACGGACAUCUUCCAUGUUCGCGCCGCAAAAGAGAUCAUCACCUUAUGGCGUCCUGGAAGUCGCAUGCCACUACUUCAAAGAUUAUAUCGCUUCGGUAGCAUGAACUUUCUCAUCUCUGCUGGAACAACCGUAGCAUAUGUCUCCUCAUUAGCUAUUCUGAUAAUGGAUGCCGUGACGAAAGCCCAUUCUGAUGCUCACAGCUCUACCUACUUCGACACAGUUGUCUUUCUGACCUUGUUCAUUCUCGCUGGUCGUUAUAUGGAGGCGUACAGCAAGGGGAGAGCUGGCGAUGCCGUCGCCGCGCUCGGAAAAUUACGGCCGUCAGAGGCUUUGAUUGUCGUGAACGCCAGCUCAGACGAGGCGCAGAGUAUCGAUGUCGAUCUCCUCGAAAUCGGAGACAUAGUACAAGUUCCCCAUGGAGCCUCCCCUCCCGCCGAUGGGAGGAUUGCAGGGCUGGGAUCAUUCCAAUUCGAUGAGAGCUCGCUCACCGGUGAAUCGAAACCAGUAAGCAAAACAGCAGGAGAUCAAGUCUACACCGGAUCCGUGAACGUUGGUCAGCCCGUUGAGAUUCAGAUCACCGCUAUUGGCCGUUCAUCGAUGCUUGAUCAAAUAAUCGCUGUUGUGCGCGAGGGUCAGGGCAAACGUGCACCCCUUCAGCGGGUCGCAGAUACGCUCGUAGGCCAUUUUGUGCCCGCUAUCACAUUGAUCGCUGUUCUGACCUUCGUAAUAUGGGUCUCUCUUGGAGUAUCAGGAGCGUUGCCCUCAGACUACCUCGACGUAAGCCGUGGCGGGUGGCCAUUUUGGAGUCUCGAAUUCGCCAUCGCCGUCUUUGUCGUCGCUUGUCCAUGCGGCCUUGCACUUGCUGCACCAACUGCUCUCUUCGUUGGUGGCGGAUUAGCUGCACGAUAUGGUAUCCUGGUCAAAGGUGGAGGUGAAGCUUUCCAAGAGGCUAGUCGGCUCAACGCCAUCGUCUUCGACAAAACCGGCACUCUGACGGAAGGAGGAAGCCUGCAGGUGUCAGACCAUGAAUCGUUAAUCACAGACUCGAGUCAUAUAGAGAUUGCCUGGGCUGUUGCUCGAAAGCUGGAGGAAAGCAGCAAUCACCCGAUUGCUCGUGCGAUAGCUGCCUUCUGCAAAGCACAGCCGUCAGCGUCGGUUGUCAACUCUGAGAUAGAGGAGAAAUCAGGACAGGGAAUGCAGGGCAGAUUUACUGUAUCGCUAGUAGACUCGUCGAAUGGUACAGCAACGACCCGACAUUUUGAAGCGGCUAUCGGCAACCAGCGUCUAUAUGAAAGCCUUUCCUCUUCCGAUCAAGACCACUAUUACCUAUGCAACACUCUCUCCAGAUACCAGGCAACAGGCAGAUCCACCGCGAUUCUAUCUCUGCGAGAGAUAUGCCCUACUGAGCCUGACUCACCAACCGGAAGUGAAACCCACUUCUUCCCAGCCAUAGUAUUCGCAAUAUCUGAUACAAUUAAACCCGAUGCUGCAAACAUGAUUUCGCAGCUUCAGCAACGCAAAAUCAACGUCUUCAUGUGCACAGGUGACAAUGAAACCACCGCGCACGCUGUCGCCGACAUGAUAGGCAUCCCUCGAAGCAACGUCCUAGCCAACACCCUCCCAGCCGGUAAAGCCGACUUUGUCCGGCAAAUUCAAAUCCAACCCGCACAGGCAGGCGGCGGCGGCACAACCCGCCAAAUUGUCGCCUUCGUCGGCGACGGUGUCAACGAUUCCCCUGCCCUCGCCGCCGCAGAUGUGAGCAUCGCCAUGGCGUCCGGCUCUGACGUCGCCAUCAACUCCGCUAGCUUUAUCCUGCUUAAUUCCGAACUCACCACAAUACUCAACCUUGUCCUCCUCAGCCGCCGAGUCAUUAAUCGCAUCAAGAUAAACUUUGGCUGGGCGGUAAUUUACAACCUCUGUCUGGUCCCUGUUGCAGCGGGCGUCUUCUAUCCGAUUGUCUCUGGGCAUAGAAUGGCCAUGGUUAUGGGGGAGAUGGUCACCGUCCAAUCACAUUGGCGGCUAAGCCCAGUCUGGGCGGCGCUGGCAAUGGCGUUGAGUAGUAUUUCGGUUGUCUGCAGUAGUUUGGCGUUGGCCAUUGAGUGGAAGACGGUUGCCGAGGUGUGGCAUAGGGUUAAGUGUAGGUUAGGGGGCCGGACUACGCGUCAACAGGAGUGA